CAAUAACCAUGGGGAUAAUCUACUCUGGCCUUUGGUCAGUAAAGGAAACCCCGAGACUGACAAAGCGGGCAAAGUUCUUGGAAGAAAGGAGGAGACAGAUUGACGAAAUGUUGACGGAAGAGGAUAGAAAAAAAGCUGGCCAAAGUAUCAAUCGACAGAGGAAUUUGUUCACCAAGAUGCCAUCUAUACUGAGUGAUACUGAAGCAAGAGUCUUAAGGAUUGAGCCAAAGGAAUAUUCAAAAGACUUUCCGUUUGAAAAUCUUGUUUUUAACGGUGGAGGGGCGAAGUUCAUUUCUUAUGCUGGUGCAGUCAAGUGUUUGGAAGAGAUGAAUAUCAUGAGAAAUAUCAAACGUUUCGGUGGGAGUAGUGCUGGUUCUGUGUUGGCCGCCCUCUUGGCAGCAGGAGUUACAAUAGAGGAAUAUCGCGAUGUUCUGGAACAAGCACUGCUUAAUAUUCUAGACGCACGCUGGGGAUAUCUUAGUCUGAUUCCAAACUUAAUGCAUCAUUUUGGAUGGCAUCCUAAUGUGAAAUUAUACGAGUUAAUUGGAGGGUUAUUUGAAAAGAAACUAGGGAAUAAAGAUAUUACCUUCAAAGAGAUGUAUGAUAAAACUGGAAAAGAAGUCUGUAUUGUUGUUACCAACUUGAAUUACCUGAGGGAAGAGUACUGUCAUCCUAAAACUACCCCAGACAUGCCAAUCAGACUAGCCAUUCGUAUGUCUUGCUCUUUUCCAGGCGUUAUGCAGGCAGUCCAGUACACGCAAAAUAAUGAAACAUGCACUUACGUCGACGGAGCAGUGUCUUGUUAUUAUCCAAUAUACUGCUUUGAUGGAUGGUGGCUGUCUAUGGACAAAGGUAACAGCUUCAUAGAACGACUUCAUCCUUUAGAUGAUGUUCCUGUUCUGAUGAAGAAUGAAAACAGAUUCAAAACGGAUCCAGCCACGUUCAAUAAAACUCUAGGUUUCUAUCUGUAUUCAGAAUGCAGAAGCGACCACGUGAAGUGGGAACUAGACAAGAGAAUGGGACUGAAUAUUGCCGAGUUACCAGACACAAAACUAGCGAGAAAAAUGGGAAACAGAAAGAGAUAUAUUGAUCGGGCUUCCCGUGAACACAGGCGUAUCGUUCGAGCACUGGAUGAAUUUUUAAAGGUAAUAAAGAAAAUGGUCUUUGACAAAUCGUCGAUAACCAGAGAUACGUUUGAAGACGCUUUUGAUGAUGACGAUGUUCAGGAACAAUGUUUCAGAAUUUUAUUUGGAGAUGAUUGUUCUGCUAGGGAAGCAUUUAACAUUUUAGACGAGGAUGGAAAUGGAGAGAUCAGUUAUUCCGAGCUAGUCGACUUCAUACAAGGUAUUGGAGUACACAUUCAGCAAAGAAUAUACGGACUUGAGAAACUUGAAGUGAAUUCUAUUUCAUCUUUCAUGUCCGCCAUGUUGACUGCAUUUUGGGCUAAUAAAAACAGAGAUGCUAAUUUGGAUGUCGAAUUAGACAGGACCGUUGGAAUCAAUACAAUAUAUGUCGACACUCAUGACUAUACCUUGGAAAAAGAAGACAUCAUGUUUCUAGAAAAGCAAGGAUACAAUGCAACGAUGGUCUUUCUACGGUAUUUCAUUGCGAAAUCGGAAUUCACUACUGACCCAAAAGAAAAGAAACUUUCAAUCUGAAAAAUGACUGUGCUUUCUGUAUAUCUUACAGUGACCCCGAGAAUCAGGCUGCUUAAGUUUAUAUAGGCGGAUUUCAUUUCCUUUAAAUUUAUGUUCCUUUUAAUCACCUAAUUGAUCUCUUAUUGCAUUUUUGUACAAUUCCAUUUCCUCUAAGAAAUCGCUGCAAACAGAGAGCAGUGUUUGAAUCUAUUUUUUAUUCCUUGUGAUU